AUGGAGUGCGAUUCCGGAAAUAGACUUGCUGCGUAUCGCUUCGUCGCCUACUCUGCCGUAGCUUUCUCAGUGGUGGCUGGACUCUCCGUCUGUAUAACUCUACCUAUGGUCUAUAAUUACAUACAUCAUGUGAAGAGAUCAACGUAUACGGAAAUCAACUUCUGCAAGGGAUCUGUGGGAAAAAUUUGGAGUGGGGUGACAACUAUAAAAAACGUGCCAACAUCAAACAGAACCACUCGCCAAGCCGAAACAAAUCCAUGCGAUGAGUGCUGUGCUCCAGGACCCGCCGGGCCACAAGGCCCACCUGGUAGACCAGGCCGUCCAGGUUUGCCAGGCUCACCAGGAAUGCCUGGAGCACCUGGAAGACCGCCAGUGCAACCAUGUGAACCGAUUACACCACCACCAUGCCAACCUUGUCCACAAGGACCUCCCGGACCACAAGGACCUCCCGGGCCACAAGGUAUGCCUGGUCAGUCUGGAGCACCUGGGCGCGCUGGAGGGGCAGGACAAGCAGGACCACCUGGACCGAAAGGGCCUCCAGGGCCACCAGGAAAUCCAGGGGCUCCUGGAUCUGCUGGACCACCCGGAGAGUCUGCAACUGGAGUAACAGAAGCCGGGCCGCCCGGACCACCGGGACUACCGGGGCCCAUGGGACCUCCGGGACCUGAUGGCAUGGCGGGAUCUCAAGAAGGAGCUGGACCAGCCGGACCCAAGGGACCUCCAGGUCCCGAUGGUGCGCCAGGAGCACCAGGAAACCCAGGUUUGCCAGGAGAGUCGGGUGCGCCAGGUACCCCUGGUGAACGUGGAAUUUGCCCCAAGUACUGUGCACUCGAUGGAGGUGUAUUCUUUGAAGAUGGAACCAGUCGUCGACGAUGA